CCCAUUCUCGUGUCACCCACCGACGCUCGAGCGGGCGAUGCUGCCGUAACCAUGGGUGACAGCGGCCGGAGGCGCCUGCACCUGGCCUAAGAUGAAUCUCUGCACCAAAACCGGUAAUAAAACCGCACCACAGGAUGAUGAAACGAUAUCAGUGGAAACAUCUCAGAACUCGAGGACCAAUGGCUGGAGCUGGCCACCACAUCCCUUACAGAUAGUCGCCUGGAUUGGUUACGUGUACUUCAUCUUUGCUUUGUUUGGCAUCCUUAUCCCUCUCCUUCCAAAUCACUGGGUACCCGCUGGAUAUAUUUGGCUUAUUGUUUUAUUUAUCUGCCACCUGGUUCUUCAUCUGUCUGCAGUCAGCAUUGAUCCAGCUGAUAAGAAUGUUCGAACCAAGAACUAUAAUAAUCCUUUGCCUAUGUUUGACCGCAACAAACAUAAACAUGUUAUUGAAAACCAUCACUGCUAUCUUUGUGAAGUGGAUGUAAGUCCAAAGUCGAAACACUGCAGUCAGUGUAAUAAAUGUGUUGCAGCUUUCGAUCACCACUGUAAAUGGCUCAAUAAUUGUGUGGGAAGCAGAAAUUAUUGGCUUUUCCUGAACACUAUUAUAUCUGCUCUCUUCAGUGUCCUGGUGAUUAUCAGUAUUGCAUCGUUUGUAUUUAUUGAGCUUUUUCUGGAUCCCAGUGUGCUUCGCGGCAAUGAGAACUUCAAAGUUGUGAACGAUACGAAAAUCUGGUUUGCAUUUAUGAACCUCAGGCCUUUGCAAACAACUACUACUGUUAUUUUCAUUGUGGCUGGAGUCACUAUUGCGUUAAGCCUAACUUCAUUCCUGCUCUUGAGUCAACUCCUGUGCUUCCACAUUUACCUCUUGUGGAACCGUCUAAGCACUUAUGAAUACAUCGUGCGUCAACGUCACAGGCAAGAAUCCAAAUCUGAGGUGAUGAAUUGUAAGAGAUUAGGAUCUCCUUCAUCCAAAAUAAAACCUCAGAUCAUGAUAAGAUCAGGAUCUCUAACCUACACGCAUCCCGAUCAGACCGAGAACUCAUCUUCCUCAGGAAUGGCAGUGGAAGUAUUAAAACUUCAGAAUGGUGCCCUGAAGUUUCCCAGUAGUGAAUUAGUAGAUGAUUCUUUGCCGACGGUGUCUGCUGAUCUUCAACAAACCAGAGCAAAGAAAGGUGUACAGAAGAAAACAAAGAAAGUGCACAAAGCCGCUGCAGAAAUAAUUAUUGACAGAUUCAUACCCAGCACCAUCAAACUCCAAUCUAUUCCUCCUUCACACGAGCCCGAGCUUGCUGCUGCUCCUGCUUCCCAGAAUUCAAUGAUCCCUAUCCUGGCUUUUCCACCAAGAGUCAGUCUACCUCCUCUAGUGCCAAAUGGCAUUAACCAAGUCCAAGCUGCCGGCCUCCCAGCUGAGUAUCACUCUGAUUCUGCAGAGUCCAUGGAUGAAAUCCCAGUGGUCCAGACCAGACUUGGCAGUGCAGCAAUGGUCGACUAUACCAACCGAGUCCUUCACAGCACAAAAGUAGACUUUGGAAAUUCUCUUCAGAAUCUCAUACCAAAAGCACACUACAACAGCCAAGAAGAAAAAGAACAAUUUUCUCCAGUGCAACCCAAAAUUAGAAAGAGCUCCAAAAAAUUGUCAGCUUCAGAUGAGAAAAUUGAACCAUUCUUCGAUGUUUCACCUGUGUUUGUUAACAAAAGCAGUGGAGAAUUUCCUCUACCUGAACUAAUUCAAAGAGCUCGACCUGGUUUGGAGCAUUCUGGUUCCAAGAGACAGAAUCGGACUAGUGAGAGACAUCCAGAUUUGCCGGUGAUCUUUCUCCAUGGCAAAAACACCAUAGACAUAGCUCAGACACAACAUUGGGGUGACUUCUAAACCUUGUUUCAAUGUCUGGAAAUGCUUAUUAUCCAAAUGUCUUCAAUUUGGCUACUUGCAGUCCUGCAGUUGUACUGAAGUACCAUGAGUAGUUUGACAGCCCCAGGAAGUGGUGUGAAGUUAUCUAGCAUCAAGAGUUGUCAUAUAGUGGCAUAAACUUUCAGUCACAUGGCCUUGGGAUAUGACCAUCUCAUUGUUUCUUUUUUUUUCGAUUUUUAAAAAUAUAUUUAAUCAGGGUUUGAUACCCUUGUGAAAAUAUUCCUCUUACAGAGGUUUUAAUAUAUUUCUGUUUUUGUUAUUUUUAUAUAUAAAGACUAUUUGGUACUAAAUAUUAAUAAUCUUCGGGCCAUUCGGAAAUGAAUCUAUGUUUCUCAGGGAUUCUACCACUGCUGAGUUUUGGAAGUAAGAGGUCAACUGGUAUAAACCCUGGUUACAAUCUAAUCUGUGUAAUCUUGUUGGAUCGGCAAUUGUUCUGGUCGAUGGAAACUUGAAAAACUCUGAGGUAUCCACAACGAGGAUUUAUAAGAUUUCCUGGAAACAUAGCGUUUAGUUUGUGUGGCCUUAACUUUCUUUUAACAGUAACCUCAAUAACAAAUAGGCUACUGUUCUCUGCAUUUGAUUUCAAAUGCUGUUCAAAUGCUGAUUUAGCCCCUUAAGUGCCAAUUACCCUACGGAUGUAAUUUCUGUUUAACGUUUUUGAGAACAGCAAUAUUAUUUCUACACUGAAAUAAAACAUUUUAAGUUGUAUAUAUGUCAUAAAAGUUUAUUCAUAUAUGAUGAAUCAAAGGGCAUUUGUACCACUAGCUCAGAGUCAAAGACUGACAUUUUGUUGACUUGUGCUUCUAAUCUCCCAUAUGGAUUCUCAAAGCACUAGAAAUAUCCCAUGCAAGAAUAGGAAUAUGAAGGAAAGUUAGCUUGGCCUACUCUUGCACAUCUCCCAGCAGAUUAGAACGUAAAUUCUGUUUUGUACAGGGAGCCAAGAGGAACAGAAAUAAAAAUACUGUGUAUUUAAUUUACUUCAA